AUGUCAGCAUAUCAGCACCCGGGCACGCCAAAAAUCAUCAAACGACCAUUUGGAGGCAGGGAGAUACCGGGUGAACCGCUGACGAAGCGGAUAUGCACAGACCAACACAUCGAGAAAAGGGCAGAGGCACAUGACCCAAAGGACUCACCACCUUUGAAUCUUCUACACUUCUCGCAGGUCAUGUCAGGUUUGCCACCGACGACUUCGAAGAAAGGGAAGGAAAGGGCGCGAAACCCAGUAGCACCUGGUUCUGUGGUAGACCCACACGAUCUUGACACAGAGACACUAAAGCGCUGCUUCGAGAGGGACAUGAAAAGAUACCGAGCGAAGAUCAAAGCAGAUCAAGUCCUAGUAACUCCUCUCAGAGCUGUCUCUAAGCUGCUAAUUGAACGGCCAUCAUUUGGACAAACAAGGCCCUUCAUCGACGAAUCUUCGAAAUAUGAGACCAAACAAAGCUACAAGCGGAGAAGGACAAGUAGGAAAGAGCGAGAAAAGAAAUCUGAUGAUGUAUUGUCUCGUAGACAGCGACCCAUCGCCUUGAAGGCUGAUAUUAUGGCGGCGAUUGACCUCAAAGUCAAGCAGAAUCGCGAACAUCAGGUAGUAUGCGGGAGCUGCGAUAAUUGUCCUAUAGCUAUACCAUCUGAGCAACAUAAUCCGCACAUCUCUGACAUGAAUAAAAGAGAUGUUGAUUCUCGGGAGGAUUUUGCAGGCCGCUUGGGUAGUCCUAUCGAUCUGUCAAUUUGCUCCGACUUAUUGAAGCGUACUAUACCAGAUGAAAAACGAUAUCAGGAUGACUUGUUGGAAUCUUCACCUCGAUGA